GUUGCCCUCUCUCUCUCAGUCGCUUGUCCCUCUUCGUCAUCAUCUUCUUAUUCCCCUUCGUGUGCGUGAGUGCUUGUGUGUGUGUAUGCUUAAGUUAAAUGUGCCGGUUUGUUCUGUUGACUUGUUGUUGCUGUUGCUGUUGCUGUUGCUGUACUGUUGACGCUGGUCGUGUCAUGUUAAUUUGUGAGGUCUCCCUCUCUCGCUCGCUCCUUCCCCUUUUACGACUGCGCUAGUUAUUUGGUAUGCUGUUCUGCUUCUUCUUGCUCUUCCACUUCUGCUUCAUCUUCGCAUUCACAAACAUGCAUACACAUGUACAUACAUACAAGCAACUACGCAAACAACGUCAAGACAAUGCGCAGUAGAUAACAAAUAGCCCUCUCCCGCUCACCAUAGCCUCUUCUUCCUCUUGCGCAGUUAUACAUAUAUGCACAUACAUAUAUAAAUUACGUGUCUGCUUGUAUCUAUGGCAACACAGCGUGAGAUAUAUAAGAUGUACAUAUGUAUGCAAUGGAUGUAUGUGCAAUGUGUAUGUGCGGUGCUUAUGCAGACAGCUGCUUUGUGUGUCAAAUUGUAGCGAAAAAAAAUGUGUUUUUUUUGUGUACCAACGCGGAGAGGAAGAGAUCGAGAGUUACUGAUGGCGUGGGACGUGGAGAAGAAAAAGAGAAGAGCGCGCAAGAAGAAGAGCAACCAAGCGGUGCACGAUGACCCCGUGGAAAAUUUGCUAAACUAACCAAAACAUUAUACCAAUUUUGUUACCAUAAUAAAAAUGCGAAUGAAAAUUGAUUGAAAUUAAGAAGAUAUCGCGUUAUUUGUGCCGCAUUUUCAAGGAAGUGCAAAUGCAAAUGAAAAAUGCAAUUGCAAUUGAAAUUAAAAAAAAGUUAAGGGAGAAAAACUGAUUUUCAUGGAUUUUCACGGAUUUUCCCUUCGCGGAUUUAGCCAUCAUUCUCCGUCCAUCGGGUCGAAAUGGACGGACCGGACGGAUUGGAUGCGUGGAUGAUAAAAUUAAAGUAAAUGUCUUUUGUGUUUGCCUUUUUUUUCGGUGUGUGAUGUCUUGUGAUAGAGCGAAAAAACGAGCGAAAAGAGAUAGAAAGAGAGAGAGAGAGAAAUGUGAGCGAGCAAGAUGACAAGAGAGCUGGAGAAAAAGAAGUGUGCAAAGAUGUUAAUUAAUGGAAAAAUUCGUUUCGUUUUCGUUGACGUGAUUUUCGGCUCAGUUCGUUUGGAAGAUUAAAAAAUGAAUAAUCAUAAUAUAAAAUCCAAGCGAAUGGUUUAUAUGCCACACAUGCAAACACAUACACUCACACCUACAGCUGUGUCCAUUGAAAUAGCAGUGCACGAGGAACUAAGAAAUAUAAAGAGCGCAGUGUGUGUGUAAAUAGAUAAGAUCAAAAGGAAAUCAAGAGAAAAAUAAAAUCUCUAUAUAUAAUCAAUUGAUUUACAGUGCAAUGAAAAAGUGCAACCAAAAUUAAAAAAAAAAAAAAAAUGCAAUCGUAUUAAGGCAACUGUUGUUGCCCAGUUGCAGCAACAACAGCAACCCCCCCAAAAAAGCAACUUACACAGUUGAGUUAGGUAAACUUGAAGAGAAAAUUUACCAAAUUGUAAAAAAGAGUGCUAACUUUGAAGCGAAAUUUUUUUUUUUUGUGGGGCACUUCCGAGAGAAUGUCGCAGUGCAAUAAUGUUGCAACUGUCGGCAGUAGCAGCAACAAAAGCAAUCACAACAACAAAAGUAACAACAACAACCACAACAGCAACAACACAUUAACAACAACAACAAAAGCAAACAAACCAAUCAAUUCUGCGGCCAACAACAAGUGUUUAAGCCAAAAGAGUUCGGCAUGAAAUGGAAGCAGCUAUACGCUCCACUUCAGUGCAGGUCGGUGCUCCGCCGCCCACAAACAACAACAGCAGCAGCAGCAGCAGCAACAACAAUAACAACAACAACACUAGCAACAAUAACAACAACAAUAGCAGCAGCAGCAGCAACAACAGCAGCAGCAACAACAAUAACACACCAAACGGCGCGCAGCAGCAGCAGCAGCAACAACAACAACACCUUCAGCAGCAGCAGCAGCAUCAGCAGCAACGUGUUGUUGCCAGCAGCAACCAGCAGCAACAACAACAACAACAGCUGCAGCAACAGCAGCAACAACAGCAGCAGCAGCAGCAGCAGCAUGAUAAUGGACCAACGUCCCAUCAUUUGCAUCAAUCAUCUAUCAGCAUCUCUAAUCAGCAGAAUAAAGCAACGCAACAGCAACAGCAGCAGCAGCAGCAGCAACACCACAAGCAGCAACUGCAACAGGCUUCCAACAUGUCCGCGUAUCAGCAACGCCUGCCAUCAAAUGCAGCAUCCAUUCACAGCCCCCACUGGUCGUACAGGGCCCUCGAGCAGCUGCCGCAGUAUGCCAAGCAGGUGGCGCACCUGCAGCAGCAGCAGCAGCAGCAGCAGCUGGACCAGCGCAACAACCUGCAUCAGCAAAUCCAUCACCACCACCAACAGCAGCAGCAGCAACAGCAGCAGCAGCAACAGCAGCAGCAGCAGCAGCAGCAGCAACAGAAACAGCAGCAGCAGCAGCAGCAUAUGCAGCAACCAUUUUCACCACCUCGUCCUGGAAAUUCUGGCAGCGGAAACAGCGGUGGCAGCAGCAACAGCACUAGUGCAGCAGCGGCAGCAGCGGCAUCAGCUGCGGCGGCCGUCAAUCCCGGUUACCCGCCAUCAUCCGCAGCAGCAGCAGCAGCAGCAGCUGCGGCGGCGGCCGUCAACUCCGGCUACCCGCCACCGCCCCCGCAGCAUCGUUUCAUCCAGAACACGGGCUACAGCAUUGCCCCGGCGCCCCUCUACCGACAUAAUCCCUAUGCUGUGGCGGUGGUGUCGGCGGGCAAAAGCAGCGUUUCUGGCCAAAGUUCCAAUAGCAGCGGCAGCAGCGCAGGCGGAGGAGGAGGUGGUGGUGGAGGUGGAGCUGGGGCAAGUGCCGGCGGAUCAGCUCCACCCGGCGGCGGUGUCGUCCAGGUAUCGCAGUCCGGCGGAGUGCUGGUCAUGGAGGCCAUGCCCCACUAUGCCAGUCAACCAAAUAGUAAUCCCUCCCAGCAGCAGCAGCAACAGCAACAGCAGCAGCAGCAGCAACAGCAGCAGCAGCAGCAAGGCGGCAAUCCCAGUGGCGCGGGUGCAACAUCUGGUGCUGGCAGCGGCGGAGGCGGCGGUGGCAGCGGCGUAAUGGUCGGGAGUCUGGGGCGCAUCCUGAUGCCCCAUCCACAGGCUCUCCAAUACACCAGCGAGUACAUGACCAACGCCACAGCGGUCGUUGCUGCGGCGAUGGUCAACCAGCGACAGCAUUUGCAGCUCCAGCAGCAGCAACAUCCGCCCGAGCCCUUUGGCGGCCAGCAGCCGUACAAGAAGCAGCGGCUUAGUGAGGCCAAUGCCAGCAACAUGAAUCACCUGCCACCACACCCGCAGCAGCAGCAGCAGCAGCAGCAACACCAGCAGCAGCAGCAUCCGGCACACCAGCAGCACCAGCGAUCCUCGCCAGCUCAAGUGCAGCAGCAGCAGCAGCAGCAGCAGCAGAUGAACAGCAGUCGGCAGAGCCACAAUGACAUGUGCCGCCAAGUGGUCACCACGCCCAUGGGCAUGCAGCUCAAGGUGGAGACCCUGCCCCAGCAGCAGCACCAGCAACAGAUGCAGCAGCAACAUGGCUCGCAGUCCCAGGGCCGAUCUCAGCCAGUGGUGAGCAGCACGUCCUCCGCGGUGAGCCAGCCAGUGGGCACAGUCACCGUCUCCACGGCGGGAUCAGCGGCGAGCCACAGCGGCAGCAGUGGCAAUGUGGCCGCCGGACCGGGCUCGGGAAACACGGGCUCCGCCAGCACCGAGGCCUACCAUCCGCAGGUGGAGGCCAUUUCGCCAACGCUGCCCAGCGAUAGUUCGAUGGAGGAGCGGGGCAGGACCAGCGCCAAGGAGGACCUGCUGAUGCAGAUCCAGAAGGUGGACAAUGAGAUCAAGUCCGCGGAGACGACAAUGGAAACGCUGCGCAAGAAGGAGAAGUCGCUCAUGGAGAAGGCCGCCAUGGCCAAGAAGGAGAGGGCCGCCAAGGAGGUGAACGAUAACAACAACGACCAGGAGCAGGUGGUGGAGCUAUCCUGGCGCAGUCAAAUGCUGGCGGAGAAGAUCUACGCGGCCAAUCGGAAGACGGCCCAAGCGCAACAUUCCAUGCUACAGAAUGCAGCGGCCGAGGAGUACUCACCCGGCUCCAUGGCAGGCAGACCCUGGCUGCCGCUGUACAACCAGCCACUCGAUGUGGAGGCCCUCACCAUGCUGAUACGCCAGCAUCAGAGUCUGAUCCGGGCGCCCCUGCUGCUGCACAUCCGGAAACUGAAGGCCGAGCGCUGGGUGCACAAUCAGGGCCUGGUGGAGAAGUACACCAAGGAGCAGGCGGAUUGGCAGCGACGAUGCGAGCGAAUGGAGGCCAGCGCCAAGCGAAAAGCGCGCGAGGCCAAGAAUCGCGAGUUCUUCGAGAAGGUCUUCACGGAGCUGCGGAAACAGCGCGAGGACAAGGAGCGCUUCAAUCGCGUCGGUUCUCGGAUUAAAUCCGAAGCGGAUCUCGAAGAGAUCAUGGACGGCCUGCAGGAGCAGGCGCUGGAGGACAAGAAGAUGCGCUCCUAUGCGGUCAUACCGCCUCUAAUGCACGAUGCCCGCCAGAGGCGAUGCGCCUAUCACAACGAGAACGGACUUAUCGAGGACAUGGUGGCAGUUCAUCAGCAGCGUAAGGCCGUCAACAUGUGGACCGCCGGCGAGAAGGAGACCUUCAAGGAGAAGUAUCUGCAGCAUCCGAAGAACUUUGGGGCCAUAGCCGCCAGCUUGGAUCGCAAAUCGCCCCAGGAUUGCGUUCGCUACUACUACCUCAGCAAGAAGACCGAGAACUACAAGCAGCUGCUGCGAAAGUCCCGCCAGCGGACGCGCAGCUCGCGUAAUCCAGCCAAGGCUCAGGCCGCCCAGCCGCAGUGCAUCAUCGAUUCGAUGACCACGGGCGUGAUGACCCGCCUGCAGCGGGAGCAGCAGCAAAAGUCCGGCGGUCGCUCAUCCGCCGUCGCCGAGCGUGAGCGCGCGGAGCGGGCCGCCGAGCGGGAGCGUGUGGCGGAGAAGGCGGCUGCGGAUGCCGCCAAGGCGGCGGAAAGCGCUGCCGAGAAGGCGAGCGCCGCCACCAAGGCUGUCGAGGCGACGGCUGCCGGCGAGAAGGUGGCCAAGGCGGCUGCCGCUGCGGCGGCGGCAGCAGCCACCACAGCCACAUCUUCAUCAGCAUCAGCAUCAACAACAACAUCCACAUCGACAGCGGCAAGUGCAGCGACAUCGGGCGGCACAGCCGCCGAUAAAACGGAUGCAGGCAAGCCGGCGAGCGCCAGCGACAAGAAUGCGGCAGCAACUGGAGGAUCCACAGCAGCAGGAACUCCGGCAGCAGCAAGCGCAGCUGCAGCAGCAGCCGCUGCAGCACCACCACCAGAGAUCUCAGCGGGCGGCGAGGCGAAGAGCAAAACCGCCGAGGAGGAGGCAGCUGCCACUGCCGGAGCAGCAACCGUGGCCACUGCCGGCACACCGGCAACCGGAGCGAGUGCAGCCAGCGCAGGAGAGGCGACCACGGCGACGGGCGCCACCGCAACAGCUGCCGCCAAGGGCGUGGGCAAACCAGAAACUGCGACGGAGCCAGCGGGAACGGCUGCCAAGGGAGCGGACUCCCGGCCGGAUGCCAACGAUCCGCUGGCGAAAACUGCUUCGAAGGCUCUCCAUGCCGAGGGCUACAAUGCUACCAGCAGCAAUGCGACGACCGCCUCCGCACCGGCGCAGGGCGUGACCCUGAAUGGCUUUAAGCCAGGCUACCAGACCGUGGUCAUGGCCAAUGUGAAGGCGUCCACGGGCGGCGAUGAUACUGCGGCCGGUGGAGCAGCAGCUGGGUCGGGAUCAGCGGCGAACGCGGUGCUCACGACGAUGCUGACGAUUGCUGGCGGGAAGACGACGCCGUCAUCGAGGGCGCCCAAUUCGACGUCCUCGCCGGCGGCGGCCAGUGAGAGUGGCGCUGGAGUGAACACGUAUGGCCACACCGCCACCACGGCGGGUAACUAUCUUGGCCAGAAACUGAAGGCUGCCCAAGUUGAGGGACUGGGCGCUGGCAAUGAGUUGCACUCGGAUGUUAGUGAAUCCAAGAGGAAACGCUUCGAGCUGAAUGCGGCUGAGGCAGCAGGAAACGCGGCGGCAGCUAUGGCCAAUAGCAGCGCCAGUGGCAGCAUGAGCAUCAGCAACAGUCACGGCCAGAAGGCCAGUGCCAAGGAUGCAUCGAUGGCCAAGGCUUCGAUGCCGUCCACGUCGUCGACAUCCGCUGCCGUCGCAUACACGCCACCGGCCUCCCCGGCGUCAUCCGCCUCCUCCAUGCUGCUGAUCAGUGCCGCGUCCGUCAUGUCCACGGCAUCGGGGCCAACGUCCUCGUCCUCGUCCACGGCCACGGCGACCACAACGGCCACAGCUUCGGCGAUCUCGUUGCCCCUACUGGCGGAUGGCAGCCACCACUCGUUUGUGUCCAAUGCAAUCGAUCUUAUCUUCUCCGAUGGCAUAGACAAACUGGCCAGCUGCUUCGUGUGCAAGGCGGAGGCGUGUCCGCGCACCCGCCCACUGAAGAAGGGGCGUGGCCAGCAGUACGGCAUCCCGGACGAGACGAUCCCGGCGGGCGCGCGGGUCUGCAACAGCUGCCAGUGCAAGUCGGUGCGCAGCCGCUAUCCCAACUGCCCGCUGCCCACGUGCCCCAAUCCCAAGGAUCGGGCCCAGCGGCUGCGGAACAUUCCCUCCCGCCUCUUCGAACUGGCGCCCGAGCUGCGUGACCCGGUGAUGGCCGAGUUCCAGAUACCGCCGCACGCCACCCGCUGCUGCUCGGCCUGCCUGAUGCGCAUCCGCCGCAAGCUGGAUCCGCAGCUGAAUCUCACCGACGGCUCCAGCGGCGGCGCGGGCAGCGGCAGCGGCGGCGACGAGACGGAUGUCAGCACCUCCUCGUGCGAUGAGCGGGAGCCGGGUGGCUCUGAUACCGCGUCCGUUGAGAGUCCGGAGAACUUGCAGCGGCACAAGUCGCUCACGCUGGUCAAGCAGCAGCAGCAGCAGCAGCAGCAGCAUCAUCAUCAGCAGCAGCAGCAGCAGCAGCAGCAGCAGCAGCAUCAGCAGCAUCAGCAGCAUCAGCAGCAGCAGCUCUCGCAGCCACAGCCACCGCCAGCUCCGCAGCAGAAGGGUUCGAUGGCGCGCGGUGGCGACCAGGGAACGCCACUGAUUAUCACGCCGACCCGAAUGGGCAGCAAGGCGGGAGCGGGCGUGGCCCAGCCGGCGGGCGACAAUGACCGCCUGCUGCCGCCCGCCGCUGGCCAGGCACCGAAGAAGCAGAAGACCAGCGAGGAGUACGACUCCUCGGCCACGGAAACGGCGGACGAGGAGAACGAGAACUCGCCGGCGAAUCGCCAGAGUCCCAAGGUCCUGUUCCACGGCCAUGGCCAUGGACAUGGCGGCCAUGCCAAUAAUGUGGCGGGCCUCCAGCCGCCGGCGGCCAAUAUGGUGGCGGCUGGAGCCGCUGGAGCUCCGGGCCAGCAGCUCAACGGACCGAUUAGUAUGCGGCGCGAGGCGGUCAACAAUGUCCAGGAUUGCGUCUUCUCCGUGAUCGAGCGCUCGCUGAAGCACAAGGGUCCGCAGCCCAAGGGCGGACAGGGUCAGCAGCAGGGUCAGGCACAAGGACAGGGUCAGCAGCAGGGUCAGGCACAGGGUCAGCCUCCAGGCCAGAGCCAGUCCCCAUCCCAGCAGCAGCAGCAGCAGCAGCAGCAGCAGCAGCAAGCUGCCAACAACGUGGAGCGCAAGGAGGUGACCAUUGUAAGGGAAUACCGCCAGGAUCCGGGCAUCCUGAAGCAGCAGCAGCAGCAGCAGCAGGCAGGAGCACCGCCCACCUCGGGCGCCGGCAGCCUGCCGCAUGGCACCUCCGUGCAGAAGCUAUCAUCCCGACCAGCCGCAGUGGCACCGCCGCCACCGGCUCAUCCACUGACACCCACCAGCACAGGCAACAACGGAACCAGCGACAGUCUAGCCACCUUGUCGGUGGUCAACUCGCACAUGGGCGUGGUGGGCCAGCUUGGGCAUCCGGGCCUAAUGGCGCAUGCCAGUGCCGCUGGAGGAGUCGGCGUGGACAAGGCCACCAUAACACCGGUGGUCAAGAGCUCCAGCGGCGCCUCGAAGAGCGGCGGCACCUCCAGCCACUCGACGCCCACGCCGCCGGAGACCAUAAUCUACAAUGUGCCAGCGGCGCAUCCGCAACGUGGCAUUCCGCCGCCGCCGCAGCACUCGGUGCAUCCGCACACACAGCAUCCGGCCCAUCCGCAGCACCAGCAGCAUUCGCAGCAUCCGCAGCAUCCGUCGCAUCCGUCGCACGGCCAGCAUCCGCAGCUGCAGGUGCCGGAACCGGAGCCGCAAACCCUGGACCUGAGCAUCAAGAAGCCGCCGCGCGAUGGCCACUCGCCGCACACGGGCGCCGGCGGAUCUGGCUCCGUGUCGGGCGGACCGUCCUCCGCGGACCGACACCAUGGCCCGCCGCCGCCGACCAUGCCGAUGAAGCACAUCGUCCGCUCUGGCGGCAUGUAUCGCGGUGACACCGUGAGCGUGCCCUCGCUGGCUGCGCCCAGCUCCUAUCUGUAUCCCACACCGCCGCACGGCGUGCUCAAGGCCACCGGCGGCGUUGGCGGCGUCGGCGGCGUCGGCGUCGUCUCCGGUGUGCUGGCCAGUGCGCCUGGCAGCGCGCUGUACCUGCAGCCAGUCCCAGUGCCGGUACCCAUUUCCAUUUCGGGGCAGGGCCAGCUGCCGCCGCGAGCUGGACAACCGCCGCCGGCACAGCCGCCCUCCGGCAGGGGCGUGGCCAAGGCGCCGCCCAAGCUGAGUCCCCAGCAGGCGCACCACCUGCACCCCAGCCACGGACACUCGCCGUCGCAGCAGCAGCAGCAGCAGCAGCAGCAGGCGGCCGCAGCACAACAGCAACUGCUGGUGAAGAGCGGCUCGAUCACCCAUGGAACCCCGGCGAACAGUGCCCAGCAACAGAUCAUCGUGCACGCACCGGCGACGGCGGCCGCAGCACCCUCCUCCCUGCUGAGUCCCAAGUUCGACGGGCUGGUCAGGCAGACGACCCCAGAGGGAGUGGGCUCGGGCGGACCAGGCGGACCAGGUGGCAGUGGCAAGCAUGGCUCCAUAACGCAGGGCACGCCGCUGCACAUGCCGCCGCAUCACUUGGAGAGCAAGCGGCCCUACGAGAGCUACUACAAGAGCUCCCAGCGGCACAGUCCCGCCCAGCAGCCGGGUGGCAACCAGCAGUUGCCGCCGCCGCCGCAGCAGUCGUCGCCGCAGGCGCCACCGCCGCAGGGCUAUGGUGUGGGUGUCAGCUCCGCCUAUGCGCGCUCGCCGUUCGGCGGGGUGGUGGAGCAGCCGCAGGUGCUGAGCACGCGUCAGAUCGUGAUGCACGACUACAUCACCUCGCAGCAGAUGCAGGGCCAGCAGCAGCAGCAGCAACAGCAGCAGCAGCAGCGCAACAUGUCGCGCGGCAGCAGCGCCAGUGGCGGCGGAGGCGGCGGUGGCUCCGACAAGGAGUCGCCCUCGCCGCGCAACAGUGUGGGCAGUGCCAGUGGCUUCGCCUACGGCGGCGACAAGGAACCGGCGCCCCGCGGCCGACCGGAGUACUCCAGUCGCGCCUCGCCGGCGGAUCAUGCCAAUAGCACUCCGAGUCCGCAUCGCACGCCGCCGCCGCAGCGCCAGGGCGUCAUCCAGCGGCACAACACGGGCUCCAAGCCGCCCUCGCCGGCUGCUCCGCUGCCGAGCAGGAUGCACAUGCCCCCGUAUCAGUAUGCUCCAAGUGGCCACGACGCAUUGGCCUCGUUUGUGGACGUGGCCGUGCAGCAGCCGCAGCUGCCGGUGCCGUCGCAGAAGGAUGACAAGUCGCCGGGCGCUGCGCCGGCGGUGGGACCAGUGCCCGGCUCCGUGGCUGGGCCACCACUGGGUCCCUCGCCGCUGCCGCCACACGCGGUGGUCGGCGUGGCGCAGCCGCCGCCGCCGACCGCUCACCACGACCAGCGGUACCGCGACCUGACCCUGCACCACCAUCACAGCCUGGUGCAGCAGCAGAUUGCGCAGCAACAGCACUACCGCAGCCUCAACGUGGCGGCCCAGGUGGACAUGCAGCGGCACAUGGAUCAGGCGAAGCGUGUGCUGCGCCACCACCAGCACCAGCAGCAGCACCAGGCCCAGCAGCAGCACAACCAUGCCCUCGAGCGGGACAGGGAGAUGCAGGAGCGGAUGCGCGAGCGCGAGCGGGAUCGCGAGCGGGAAAGGGAGCGCGAGCGCGAGCGGGAGCAGCGCGAUCGGGAGCGGGAGCGGGAACGCGAGCGCGAGCGGGAACGGGAGCGGGAGCGACGUGAACAGGACCGGGAGCGGCGUGUGGUGGCCGAGGAGCGGGAGCGCGACAGUCGGCGCAUGGAGCGCAUGUUCGCCGGCAAUGUGGUCACUGCAGCAGGUGGUGCCGGCGGCGGGGGACCCUCGCCCGGCCAGUUCCUGCGUGCCUCGGUUCCGGAGACUGGUCCACCGCGCUCCAUACCGGAUCGCGAACGGGAAUCGUACUAUCGCCAGGCACACGGCGGUCCAGCUCCGGAGGAUACGCCCGGGCAACUGAGCGCCCAGAGCCUGAUCGACGCCAUCAUCAAGCAUGAGAUCAACCGCUCCAACGAUGCCACUGCUGGUCCGAAUCGCGAGUUCCCGCGCCCAUCCUUCGUCCAUGCGCCGCUGCCGCCACGUGGAUCCGGCUCGGGAGGCGGCACCGGCACGCGCUCCUCGCCAGCCAAUGUGCUCCAUCCGAUGUACCUGCGCGAUCUACGCCAGCCGCUCGAGGGCGGCGCGGGCUCCCUGCUCACGGCGGAGAACAACGGCAAGCCGAGCUCGUCGGGAUCGCCCAGUGUGAUUAACAUUGAUUUGGAUCAGGAGCGCCUUUCCGCGGCAGCCGCAGCAGUUGCCCAGCAGCAGCAGCAGCAGCAGCAGCAAGCUGCGCCGCAGUCGCAGUCGUCGCAAUCCAGAUCCGUGCACAGCCAGCUAAGGACGCCCACCUCGCAGGCCGGCGGAUCAGCGCCCAGUCCGCAGCAGAUCCACACAAAGAGCAUUACCUUCGGCGAACUAACCGAUUCCAUAAUAACCAAUGACUACGGCACCAAUCCUCACCUGCGGCCCACGCCGCCCUUUAUGGCCUAUCUGCAGGAGACGCAGUCCAUCCUGCCGCCGGACCGAUGGAAGCAGAACCGCCGCAUGCAACAGAAGGCGGAGGAGGCGAAGCACCAUUCCCAGCAGCAGCAGCAGCAGCAACAUCACGCCCAGCAGCAGCAGCAGCAGCAUCAUGCCCAGCAACAUCACCCGCAGAUGCCGGGCAGCGGCUCUGGCUCGGCACCAGGCGGAGCUGGCCAGGGCGGAGCAGCGGGCGGUCCGGGCAGCGGAGGCAGUGGCGCCGGCAGAGCCAGCACGCCUGGCGAGGAUGGACGCAACAUUAUCCGAAUGCCCCAGGCGGUCAGUCCGCGGAAAUUCAACCACGAGAUGAUGCUGCAUCAUGUGAUGGGAACAGCGGGAGCGGCCGGCGAGGCAGUAGGACAGUUCUUCCUACCCAGCCGUGUGGUGCUGCCCGAGCAGCGAGGAACGCCCAGCGGCGGCGGCGGUGCACCUGGCGCCGGGGGACCUGGCUCCGGCGGCGGAGGCGGUGCCACCACCAUUGACAACUAUGUGAAGACCCGCAUCGCUGAGGUGAUGCGCGACGACAUUGGCUAUGGCAAGAACCGGACGGUGGAGGUGCGAACCGAUGACGAAGUAACCGCCGAUAUGGUGGCCCACUCGCACGCCGCCGUCCAUGCUGCACAUGUGGCGCACGCGGCCCAUGUCGCCGCCGCCCUGGAGUUGCAGCACAGGAACAAGGAGCCGCCGCCGCCAGAGAUCAGUGUGUCGCGCAAGACGCCCAACCAGUACGAGGUGGUGGAUGUCAGUGGACGGCGCUCGGCCGGCAGUGGCUCCGUUUCGGUCUCCGUUUCGGGAGCCAAUAGCCACCACUCGCCGUACCACCCACCGGCGGCGGCAUACGCACCCAGCACCUAUGCCUUCCCCUACAGCGCCCUGAAUGUGCCCAGUGCUGCCGGAGGACUGCCGCCGCACCAGCCGUUGCAGCUGGCCCACCAGGCGGUGGCACCACCCGGCGCCUUUGCCAAGGCCAAGGCAGCGCACGCCCUGAGUGAACUGGGCGCAGUGGGUGGCGGCGUGUCCCUGGUGGUGGGCGGCGGCUCUGGCGGCAUUGCUGGCGUGCCAGGUGGCGUCUCGGUCGGAGGCGGCGGCCCCGGCGGUGGCGGUGGCCCCGGCGGCGGCGGACCAGGCGGACCAGGCGGCAGUGGCGGUGGCGGCGGCGCUGGCGGUCACAAUUCCAGUUCAUCGCAAGCAUCUGCUGCUGUGGCCGCUGCAGUUGCGGCGGCGGCCGGUGAAUCGAAGCCGCUGCUGCUGUCCAAGUACGAUGCCCUCAGCGACGAAGAUUAGUUGUGACUGCCGGCGUCGUCCUCGGCGUCGGCGUCGCACCUGCGGCCAGCAACAAUAGCAGUAGCAGCAGCACUGCCGCCCGGCAGCAGCACGAGCGUGGUGUACGGCUAUCCUGGCUACCGGCGACACUCCCAGCAUCAGCAGCAGCACCAGCAGCAACAGCAGCCACCGCAUCCGCAUCCCCAUCUUGUCCAGCAGCAGCAGCAGCAGCAGUCGCCGCACCGCCAGCAGCAGCUCUACCAGACCACGGUGCUGCCGCCUCCAUUGCAGUCCCAGCAGCAGCAGCAGCAGCAACUCCACCAGCAGCAGCACCAGCAGCAGAGGAGCCUCUACUACGCCGGCGAGCAUUAUCCGGGAGGCAGCGGAGGCGGCUCCGCCGGCGGCAAUCCGCCGGGCUACUACUGACAGCAGCAGCAGCAGCAGCAGCAGCAACAGCAGCAGCAACAGCAGCAACAGCAGCAGCAGCAUAUGUAGCCCCAUAUGAAACACCACGAGUUGUGGGAUGAGAUGUGUGAGCUAGGCAAACGACAUGUGUAAAAAUAAGAGAUAAGAAAAAGGCUUUAACAAAAAGAAGAAUUAAAUUAGGAGCAGGCAAAUAGUAGGCGGGAAAUUGAGAGAUCAUCAGGAUGCAGAUGUGCAGAUUUGCUGAGAUGCGGAGCUGCUGAGAGGAGGCAAGUGGAGGGCAGACAGACUGGACAACAUUCAUAUAUAGUUGUGUCCCAUGCAAAUAAUUUAGGCAAUUUAAAAGUGCAAAUAAACAACUGUGUCGCUGCAGACUUGUUGCAAACUAAUAUUUAACAAAAUGGAUUGUAAAUUUGCGCAUCCUGAGAGACUUUUUAAAACGUGAUUCAAAAAUUUCAAUUUGAAAGUAAUCUAAAGCAGAUCAUUUGUAAUUGUAUAUAAAAAAUCGAAAUACUAAAUCUAAGAAAGCGAGUUCUGUGCAACCAACUGUUUCGCAUGCCUCCAACCUGGAGGCAACUCAGUCCUUUAUGUCGUGUCCCCUAUAUCGUCGUGUCCUGUAUGUGCAUGUCCGUACUUGCGUAAACGCGUGUGUUCCUGUCCUCGUCUUUAUGUCAUCGGUCGAUGUGUCCUUCUGCUCCUCGCACAGCUCCAGCCUCAGAAACCCGGGUCAGAAGGAUAUGAGAAUGGUAGUGAGAACAAGUUAGAUGCAUAUAUAAAACUAAAGAUCACACCACACACACACAUAUAUAUAUACAAUACACUAUGAGCAUAAGGAGUAAACAAAAUAAAUAAAAACACACUGUUGGGCUGUUCUUAGAAAAAAAAAACAAAAUAAAACAAAAACCUAAGCAAGAGAAAACAAGUAAUCGAGAAACAAUUAAUAUAUAUAAAUUACCUAUAGAACACUUUAAUCAUUAUUUAAACGACUUUUUGUAAAUUUCAUAAAACUGCGCAUAAGUUAAUCAAUCUUAUCAAUACAUUUACUAUUACUAUUAUUCGUUUUUUUUUUUUUUUUUGCUAUUUUAUAUGCAAGGCCUAAUUUAUGGAGCAUGAUUGUGUUUUAUUACUCCUCUUAAGCAAUCGCUAUUGAAUUAUGUACGUUUAAUUGCUAAGCUAAUGAAAGUUUUAAUGUAAGUACAAUUUACAGUAAGCCCAAUACAUAGAAAUAUAUAUGGGAUAUACAUACGCAUAUUUUUUUAUAUAACACUUAUGUCAUACGAAACAGUUUUAGUGUUUAACUACUUUACUGUUUAAUUCGUUUUUUUAAACUUAUUUUUUUACACGCAAACGCGAAACAAACGUGGGGAAACCAAUUGAAAAACGUGAAAACAAAAAAAUUAAUAUUUUUAAUACAUAAUGAAACUAAAAACGAAACAAAAUCUAUAUAGUAAAUAUAUAUGAAGUAAACAACAAACGCUAAGACUUAUUCAACAAAACAAAAAAUUGUAAAAUAUUAAAAGAUAUAUAUAUGAAUAUAUAUAUAAAUACAUGUAAAAGCUAACACAGAUAUUCGCAGCCCAAAUCCGAAACAGCGCGGAAACGGAAAUGGGAAACCCAAACGCAACUCUGGCCGAGCGGCGCGCAGCAACGUUUUAGUUAAGAGCAGGAAGCGUAUUUUUUUUUAUAAAUAUAUAUAUAUAUAAAUUAAAUGGAAACAAAUUCUAUAUAUACAGAAAAUUUUACAAUAUAUAUAUGUAUGUAUAUAUAUAUAUAUGAUAUGAAUAUAUAUAUAUAUAUGAUAAUAAAUGUAUGUAAAGCGGCAGCAUAACAACUAAUGGAAUACAUCAUAAACAGCGCCAGAGGUUCGAGCGGAGGAUCGGGUGGGGCGAUAGCGGCCGGACCGGACGAACGGACACGCGGACGGAUUCGCGGACAGAUUCGCGGACAGAUUCGCGGACAGAUUCGCGGACGGACCCAUGACCCAACUCGAGGAGUUGACAACGAACAGCUGGCGUCGCUGGCACUCCGAUCGCCGCUGGCGAUCCUCGAUUGUGAGCACUUUCUACACACAUAUAAAUGAAUAUAUAUAUAUAUAUAUAAAUGAAUAAUGUAUGAAUAACCGAAUUUUAUAGCUGGGCGAAUUACAAAGAGCACGCCAGCUGAAUGGAUGUAAAACAAAACAAUGUGUAUGCACAAGGCGUGCCCUGAAAAUGAUUUAAGCAAAUCAAAUCACAUAAUAAAAACGAACUCAAAUUCGCUAUAUUGAAGGAACUUUAUUGUUUUGAGUCUCCCGUUUUGUUUUUGGUGUUCUGUUGUAUCAAUUUAAAAUCGAUAUAGUUGUAUGGAAAACGCAAAAACACAAAAAAAUGAAAACAAACAAACAAACAAACAGAAAUUACAAGUAAAGGCGGUUUUUGAGCGCAUAUUGAUAACAAUAAACACAAAUUAUGGAUGCAUAUAACACGGGGAGCAGCGAAAAGAUAGUAAACAACAAUAUUAUGUGGAGUAUAUGCAUAUGCAUAAGCAUAUUAUGUGCGCCGAGUCGCGUGCGCAGAGGUAGAGCUGAUUAUGAUCGAUACAUGAUAAUGAUGUUUAGCACUUAAGUUUUAGUUGUAACUUUAUGCCUUAAGUUGUAAGCUUAAAAAUAAUAAUAUAAAAUUAAAUACAACAUAUUAAAAAGCAAACAAAGCAAAAUAAAAACAAAUACAAAAAAAUAAAACAAAAGAAAUGUA